CUUGACGGAGGACCUCUAUCUCAGGAAAUGACCAAGGGAAACUAUUCAGAACUUGGGAGCAACAAUGGGACCAAUCAGAAGGAAGGCAGUGAGGCAGAGUAAGAUCCUCUGCCUGGUAACUCCAUCAAUUCCCUUAACACAACUCACAGCAACUCCCUGAAAGCUGCCUCCACCGAUUGCCACGUCUUUUGGGUUCUCACUGCGGGACCCAUCACAAAUAUCUGGCUUCUGGUUUGGUACCAUUCCUUCUCCCUCUCCCACCUUGUCUUAUUCCUUCCUUCCACCAUUCUUCCCAAUCUCUCUGCUUUGCUUUCUUUACUAUCGAAUUCUUGCUUUCUGGGCAGCUCGGCUCUCCUUCUGCGGCUCUGUUAAGCUAAUCUGCAAAAUCUCUGGAUCCAUUUUAUUCCUUUCUCUUCUCCGGUUCAAGAGGUAGAGGUACUCGCCCUUUGUCUCUCGUUCUUGCGUUUGCUCUCUUCCACUACAGAGGCAAGACAAGAAAGUUUGCUUCUUUUUUUUUCUGGUUGAAUUCUACUUUGUUUCGUUGGAGCAUGAAAAGGGGUUGUUCUUAGUUUCUCAUCCUAGUUGCUUUUGUGCACUUUUGUAGUUUGAGGGGUGAGACUUGUUAUUAGUUGCAGAGAAAUUGCCCUGUUUCUAUCCAAUGCAACAGUCACGCCUUUCAUUCCAAUUAUCUGAAACAAUUGAAUCAAAAGGGCUGUUUGAUAAUUCAGGGUAAUCUGCUGCGGUAGUUCCAACUUUGAAGGAGGAACUAAGCUAUGAAAGUUUCAAAAGGCAGGGGAAGCAAGGACAAAAACGAAGCAAUUGUGGAGGACAGGAAGGCUGCUGGGAAGAGGAAGGCAGUGGGGAAGGUUUCAGAGAGUCAGAAGAGUAGUAGUAGUAGCAAGAGAAGGACUGGGAGUGUUAACAACGUUGAGAAACAGGCUUCAGCCAAGGAUCCCAACAAGCCAAAGCGGCCUGCCAGUGCCUUCUUUGUAUUUCUAGAAGAGUUCAGGAAGGUUUACAAGGAAGAGAAUCCUAAUGUGAAAGCUGUCUCCGCUGUGGGGAAAGCUGGAGGAGAGAAAUGGAAAUCCUUGUCUAGUGAAGAGAAAGCCCCUUAUGAAGCGAAAGCGGCCAAGAGGAAAUCGGAUUACCAGAAGCUUAUGAAUGUCUAUAACAAAAAGCAGGAAAGUGUAGAUGAGAAUGAAGAGGAAGAUGAUGAAGAAGAGCCAGCCACACCUUCGAAGAAGCCUAAAGUCAAUGGUGCCAAGGAAGAUGAUGAUUCAGACUCUGAGGAGGAGGAUGAGGAUGUUGACGACGACGGUGAAGAUGAUGAUUGAAGUGUUGGAAUAUGUUGAAGACCAAAGCUGAGCAUAUGUGGAUUUUGCAGGAUCAUAGGCUUGGGAUUUCAAGGGAGCCUUAAUUAUGUUUUCUUAUGACUUAACUAUGUGUGUUAGUACAUGUGUGAUUGGCUUCAAGAAGUCGGAUUAUGUGGAUAGACAUUUGAUAAAAGUUAUCGAAGUUACUACUUUUCUACUAAAUUGUGUGGGUAAAUGUAAAAUUUGAAUCAUGAUCCAAUGUCUUUAGUUCAGCUUUAUCUUUACGUUGUUAGACUCAAAUUCAGAUUGAGUUAACUAAUGUUCGAAGUCGUAUUGAGUUACGAGUCAAUUGAUAUAUGAUCAGAGAAAUUACAUAUUAAUUGGUUCAAAAUUAAGUGUGUCAUUUCGAUAAAAAAAAAAGUGUCAUACAUUUGUUUUUUUUUUUAUUAAUUUAAACCUUCGAGUCUUCGACCAACAAUCAUUUAAAGGGAAUUGAUCCCACCAAAAGAAUUGAGAUUAAUUGAAUCAAACUAACAACCUGACGGAAAGCCUCCUGAUGAUGAACAGUUUAUCAGGGCCAAAAGACUGUGUGGGGCCUCUGGUUCAUUGGUUGUUAGCCCAUUGUCUCUCAACCAAAAGGAAAAUUUGUUAGCCCAUUCUAUAUGGCUUAAGGAGCAUCGAGUUUGGGCCUUGUUAGCAGCCCAAACGAACUAAGGAGUAUUGGAUCCCAAUAGAAGGCGCAGAUAAAAGCCUGAAACCUUUAAAAUAAAACCAUCCAUUAUUUUGGACACACAAAUAAAGAAGUAAGAAACACACAGACAAGCCCAUCACUAGUAUAAGUUUGUCCGACUUUUUAGAUACCAAAAUAUUAGCUUGGUAGUAACAUGAAUGACAACAUCAAGCUGUCUUUGAAUUCAAAGCUUGAAAUUAACUAGUAAGGUGUUACUAUCGUUAGGUCAAACCCUUGUUCGCGCACUACACUUAUUCUUUAUUGUCGGCUAAAGAAUGAUAUACGAUCGAUAAUUGUAACAUUAUAGUAUAAAAGGAUUAAAAGAAAAUUUGUAUAGUGACUUAAACACUCAAUUCUACUACUCGGGAAAAAAAAAGUCAAUAGCUCGGAAGUAAAUUCACGAAUUCACCACAAAUCACGUGCGAAAAUGUUGGGAACAUGUCGCCGGAAAGUGGAAAGAGAUGAGAUGUGGUGGUCACAUGGUCGGAAAGACUUCACUCACUAUAUAUAACCUCUCUAACUAUGCUCCCAUUAAUCAUCACCAAAAAGAAGAAGAAAUCUAAUUAAUUACCACAUGAAUGAAACCAAUGAGAGGGCGGCACUUUUGCGAUGUUUGUCUGGUCGGUCUACUUUUUUUUUUUUAUGUUUUUUAUUUAUUUCGAGAGUUACAAUAUAUUAGAGAAAUCUUAUAUAGAAAAUGCAGAGGAGAAAUUAGUAAUUUAUAAGGAAUAAUUUCACAUAAAUUUACAAGACAAAUGAAUGAGUUCUGGAAAGAAUUUCAAUAUUUAACGUUACAAGGGUGAAGUAGGUAGAGAUGGAUAACCUUUAGAUAUAUGAGCACUAUGUACCAAAAACAAAGUCGUGCAAAAUAGACUCAAAGCGGACAAUAUUUUUACAAAAAAUGGAUUCACAAUUUUUAUGGGGCGUAAGCCUCCCAAAAGGUAACGGAGGAGUGCAAAGGUUUCUUCAGGCCGGCCGAUGGCCCUUGAGUGCAAAGGCAGAAGGGAGCUUGACUACAAGACCCACCCUUAAGAAAUAAAUGAAUUCCAAAAAUCGUGGGCAAAUCCAAAGAGGGUUUUCCUGUACAUGUUGUACUGUAAUGGGAUGUGUUUAUUUAUCUACCUAUAUUGUAUCUACUUAGCUCUUUUUUUGUGUUGCCUUGUAAUGCUUUAUUACAAUGUUGUAACCAGGAAUUUAACCAAGGAUUAAAAUAUCGUACCGUACCGGCGGUUCGACCUGAAAAACCUCUUACCGGAAGCGAAACCGGUAGGCGGUAUUUAGCGGUAUAAUACGGUUGAACCAUGGUCAAACCACGGUUUUAGCAUAAAAUAUCCUACCACUGACUUUUCCGGUACGACCUCCGGUACGAUAUUUCAAUCCUUGGAUUUAACUAAACGGAUCAUUUUAAUACAUUAAUUAUUAUGCUGAAAUCUUUUAUUUAUCAAAUAUAUUUAUGAUAAAUACAUGGCAAAAGCUUGCAUAUGUCUAGCAUAUGCUAUCUAAGCAGACUUUGCUACGGUGACAUGCAUGUCACCUUAAGUUGCACUUUUAGGUCGACCUCAUAUAGGACUAGGUCGACCUAAUAUGCCGUUUCAGUCUUGUGCUAGAAGGCAGCUUACUUCGUAGCAAUUUCGAGCCUUUUGUUUGAAGCUUUCUAGAUAUUCAAUAUUUCAUCCAAUGCCUUGACUUUGUAGACAAACAUACCUACUUUCAUGUGGUAGAGGCCUCUGGACUCGAAUCUCAUCAAUGCUUCUCGAAUUGAGCUCCAAAGUAGGCUUCACAAAGUCUUUCCCAGACUUGGUCAUUUUCAGGAAGUUUUCGAGUUUUGGCAUAGCCUUUUGAUCAGGUUCAAAAAUGGUAUUUUGGACUUCCUAUCGAGCUCCCAAGCACUUCAAUGUGUAGAGGGACACUCCAGCUUCAAAACAAGCCAUUAAUCUCCAAUUUUUAUUGAGCCAAUUGUAAGAUAUGAAUCUUCAAACUAGGCACCAUGAAACUGUUUUUACACUGAAACGACAUAUUAGGUCAAUCUAAUCCUAAUUUCUAACUGAGGUCGACCGAAAAGUGCAAGUUAUGGUGACAUGCAUGUCACCAUAGGCGCACCCUAUCUAAGCGAGUGUUAUAAGAUCUAUAAUAACCUUCUCCCAACAAUUCGAGUUACUUGGGACCAACUGGUUUAUGACAUGGUAUUAGAGCCUGCUUUGGCCAAGUGGUUGUUUGUUUGAAUCUCCACGACCCUCAAUACUAAGAGUUGAUUAAAGCACAAGGUAUGGUGGGCCUAUGCAAACUUCAAGCUCGUGAGUUGAUUUUUUUAUUUUACAAGGCAUGUAAGAGAGUGGUAUAAAGUCCUGUCUUCAUUUUUAUUAGAUAAAUUUUGACAAUUAGAAUUCUCAAUAAUUAUUUUUGAAUUAA